UAUGUUUUUUAGUCCACCUUCCAGAGGUUGUAAUAAUUUAAAAUGCUGAAGCUGUUAUAUUUUUCGGUAGUGGUUUUAAUAAUCCUGAAUUCCCAGGGAAUCUCUGCGACUUUACAGGACAAUGGGCGAUCUGUUUGCCUCUUGGAGGACGCACCAAGCCAGUGUGGUGACUUCUGUCUUACCAAACUGCAGCCCAUAAUUGAUUUGAUUCCCGUGACCAACUCGAAACUGGAAAGGCUCCAGGUUGAGCAGCAGGCUUUAAGGGCCAAGCUCCUGGCAGUUCAGUUCACGUUGGAGGCCCAGCGAAUAACAACACAGAAUUCCCUGAAAAAUAUCACCACAAAAGAAGAUCUCGGGGCGAGACUCGACGAAACCGAAAGACAACUUAAGGUGGAAAAUACCGAAUUGAAGAACCAACUUCAGCUGCUCAUCGCCAAAGUAGAAAACCAGGAAUCAGUCCUGAAAACCCAGAUAGAUGCCCUUUUCGAACCCUUGAGCAAGGCUCUCACCAAGGAGGAUUUUCAGGCGAACCUUAGUCGCAUAGAAGCCAAAUUAAAUACCUUACAGAGCAGUCUCACCAAACUAGAAGACACCAGAAGCGUUCCCCAGGGAGCACCUCCCAAACCCGUUCCCUCGAGGUUCCAGAAAAUUGGCGAUCGUUAUUUCUACAUUGAGAACUAUCUCAAUCAAACUUGGUUCGAGGCUGCAGUCACCUGUCAUCGAAUGGGCGGCCUUCUAGCGGGGAUUAAGGACCAAAAGGAGUUGCUGGCCAUCCAGGCAAAGACCAAAGCUCAUGUUUGGUACUGGCUGGGGAUCAACGAUCUGCUGACCGCCGGCCAGUUCCUAUCGCUGGCCUCAGGAAAACCCGCCGAGAUCUUGACCUGGAGGUCAGAUAGCCCCAACAACGAAGGGCGGUGCGUUCAGCUGCAAAACGGAGAUAUGAGUGAUUGGCGGUGCAACGACAAGGUUAAGUUCAUCUGCCAGGCUGACAGCGAAAUUUAAAAAAAUUUAUUAACAUUAAAAUUAAUAUUCACAAUUUAAAAAAAUACAUAAUACACCCAAAAAGGUGCAAAGUGUGUAACAAUUGUAAUAUUCAUAUCAAAAUUUUGUCUAUGUCUUUUGUUAUAACAAUUAAAAACUAAAAUUCUUAUUACAAUAUUUAAAUAAAAAUUGACCAUUUUAGAA